CUAAUUAUCCGAUUGCAAUUGCUGGAUCGGUAGUUGAUAGAGUUGGCUGUUAUUACCUUGAACAUCCUGAAGAACCACAAACCCGUCAAUUGAUGGCUAUUUUACAGAAAAAACUAGACGAUGGAACAAUUAGUAAAUCGAUUGAUCAAGUUUCUUUGAUCAGAGGAAUUAAGCCCAACAUUGCUGAUGUUAUCGCACGUUGUCAUCAAAAUUCCAGCUUAUACAAUGUUUUACAACCAAAUAAAUACAAUUCCAUCCAAUUGCCCAAUAAUAAGAUUAUCGCUGGUUUUAAUUUAAGUAAUGUACUUGAAUUUAAGGGCAGAUACAAGAUUGAAGCUCGAUUAAGGCGUCUUCUUGAUAAUGUUAACUUUGACCCAUCUUCAAUUGUUAUACUUACACACAAAGCCACCUCUUUACUGGAAAGGUUAAAAGACAGCAAUCUAGAUGACCUCAAUUUUUCAUCUUUUUCCAACUUAAUGUAUCAAAAGAUUACCCCCUUGGAUUUGCAUAAUGUUUCAAUUGAGCUUAAGGCAGAAGUCAAAAAACUACCGACAUCACAAAUAAGUUAUAGCGCAGAGCUGGCAGAUAUUGGAAUCAUAUUGGAUGGUUAUCAUAAUCAGCUGAAAGAAGUUCAGGAUUCGUUAUCCAAGUUGAAUAGAGCAGCUCAAAAAAUUAAAGACAAAUCUUCAUAUGGAAGCCGAGGAAUUCGAGAUGCUCUUACAAUCCUAAUAAAGCAAGCUAAGAGUGCACAAUACUUAAUUGAAAAGAAUGGUAAAAAUGCUAUUAAAGAAGAUGCUGAACACUUUAUUAAUGAUUUAGGAGCAUUAAUUGACCAGUAUGCUCAGCAUGUGUUUGAUCAGGUUGAAAGUCAUCUUGGUAGAUGUGAACCCGUAAGUCGAGCCAUUAACGCAACAACAAUUGCUAUUUGUAAAGAGAUUGUCCUUCCAUAUAAUGGAUACUGGUUUAGUAUGGGAUCAGCAAUUCUUUUAUUAUUACCUGCCACUCUAAGUGCGUCAAUUUUGGCUAAUUUAUUUCGCAAAUUAAAACGACCCAAAGCUCGUCGUCAUCUCGAUUUAGACGCUGAUGUGACUUUGGAAAAUUUUGAAGAAGAUGACAUUCCCUUGGCACAAGUCGUAAAACAAACCGAUAUACCUUAUGAAGCUAGACGUAACCCACCAAUGUAUCAAAACUCAUCUGCACCUAGUGCACCACACUCUGAAGAAAACUGGAUAACCUCAGCAACUUCCCCACCUCAUAUGUAUACUCGUCCUCCACCUUACAAUUUCAACAACUAAAUUGAACCAAACUAACUUGUAGAGUUCAAAAACGAUACAAAAUCGCAACCAAAUUAUCGCCAAUCUUUCACCUUUUCUCUUUAUUCCAUUUACUUUCUUUUAUCUAUAAAUUCAUUUUAACUCA